AUGUGCGAAGCACGGGAAUGCGUGCGCGUGUAUGCGGAAAUAAGAGAGAGUAAGAACACUAGACAAGAGGUGAGAGAUGCAAGCCGAGAGAUGUUAUAUGUGAGGUGCCAAGGAAUAGAUUUCAACUAUGCUCUGCUGGGUAGUCAAUGGGUAUUGUUGUGGUUUGGUGGUAUGGCACCUAAGCGCUGUCAUGCGGAGCCGAAGCACUACCGAGUAAGGUAUGUAAGGAUAUAUGGAACUUGGUGGACAGUGGAUGGAUGCUUCCAGAUGGCUGGCGCUAUAGGGCGCUCAAGCGCGGGAAAGCUUGCGCACAUAUACAUCGUGAAGCGUGGGAAGUUGCGCGCACAUUGCGCGAUGCGCAGGAAAGCUGCGCCUCAUGUGGGAAUAGCUGUAGGAAGCAUACAGAGUGAUGCUACAAGUUCGUGCUGUAUACUCCUUGGUGAAAACUGCAAUAUUGCACAAGGAGAGGCUCAAUACCUACUUGGGGAGCUGAAACUGCAGUACUUGUACACCGAAGCCUGCCAGUGCAAGGGAAAUCAUAUGGCGAAUGCUCAGCGAUCCCUAGAAUUUAAAGGCGAGCUGCAUGACCAAGUCCUAGGCCUUCACUCCGAAAAGAAGCGCGUGAUAAACAAGGACAAGAAAGCACACAAAAACAUAGCGAUUCGAGCCAAAGUGAAGGCAGAGGAGGUGGAGGCGAAGGCGGAAGGAGCGGAGACCUUGCCGUGGUUCUGGAAAAGAGUGAGGAGGUGGUUCGAAGGAAUCGGGGCGGCCGAACGUGUCGCUCGGCGAGGGUAG